AUGAAUCUGAAGCUGUUAUUGAUCUUGUUUAAUAUGCUAAACUUGGUUCGUUUAUCAAAAAAAAAACAACAAAUUGAAAAUUUCUGAAUUUUGGAAACUUCUUUUUCAAGCGUAUAGUUAGAAUUUUAAUUUGUUUUGAAAUUCUAAAAAAUCUUUUCAACCAGUCAAGUCUAUUAAUUACAGAUAUUUUUAAAUUUAAAUUACAGAUUCUAGGCGACAAAAUUGCUACUUUCCCAGGGACUCUUCUAGCUUCUAAUUAUAGCACUCAAUUUUCUCACAUCAUCGGAAUAAGUGUAGAAGAAUGUGCUUUAAAAUGUUUGUCAAACAUUGAUUGUGUUGCUUUUCUCAUUGCAGAAAAUUGUUCAAUAUAUACUUUCGAUCAAUUGAUUAGUGUUCAAAAUGUUGUUUCUGCAAAUGAAACUGUUGGAAUCAAAGUGAGAAAAAAAAUCAACGAAAUUUCCCAAGUCUUCAAAUUUUUCAGAUAAAUGGAAGUGAUAGUGAGACAUGUCCCUCAUCUUUCAGUUCUUUAAACUUAACUGGCAGUGUUAGAGAGCUGAGCUAUGAAUUCAUAACUACAAACACUCCUGGCUUAUUCAAUUUCAGUCAAUCAAGUUGUCCAAAUGAUUGGAAAUUGUUUAGAAGAGUUCGUGGAUAUUACUGUAUCAAACCAUAUUUUUUUGAUCGUUAUUUAAUUUACAACAAAUCAUUUUGCAACCCUUAUUCAUCAUAUUUGAGUGGUUUUGAUAACCAAAACGAGGUUGAUUAUAUUUAUACCGAAAUGAUCAAUGAGUUCCCAGAUAUUACUGGAGCUGAAAGUUUAGCAAUUGAUGGAAACAGAAAUAUAUCAUGUUACAAUAAUACAACAAUUUCUUGCAAUGAUUUCGAAUGGACUAAUAAUUAUUCAUCUUAUCCAACAUUUAUCAAUUGGAAUACAGGUCAACCAAGUGGUGAAACAAGAGAAGGAAUUCAGGAGAAUUGUUUGGCUUUUAGAGCAUUUUUGGGUCCGAUAUAUUAUGCAAAUGAUAUAAUGUUAGUUUGAAAAUUUUUUUUGUGUUAUCUAAAGUUUUUUUUUUCAGAUGUAGCGACAAAGUUAGAGGAUAUGUUUGUGGAAAACCAGUUGGUGAUUGGGACGAAUAA